AACCACUGUUUUACCGUCUGUUGAACAGUGUUCUACAGGAGCACGCUGGAAGGCCAAGGUUUAUGUGCGAUACAAUGUUAAUUAGCCCGGAUUUGGAAGUUAUGUUAAUUAGACUGGAUUUGGAUUUUUAUUAUCACUACAAAUUAUAAUAAGUUUGGACCAUUAGUGAGCUUUACAACCUAAACAUAUCUAAUACAGGUAAUAUUUAAAUAUUAUACCUAUUGGAUGCCAGCAGAUCAUAUGACAGCACAUUUAAUAUCAUUCUGGCUUACAAUGUUGACGGGAUUUCAAUCUCAUGGAUGCAAUCAGCCAUUUAUUGGAAAGAAAAGUUGUACAAAUAUAACUGAGGGCACUAUUUGAAGACAGGGUUUUUGUUUCAUAGAUGCCAAAUGAAUCAUUGAACAGGAAGAAAAGUAUCUUAACCAAUGAUUUACCAAACACUUUGAUAGGAGAACUUCUGUAGGAGUUAAGUUGCUGGGACAAUUACUUUGACUUCCUGAUGUUCCGUGGGUUAACUGGAGAGGCUUUCUGAGACUGUUAGUCGUUACUUUGGAGUAUUGAUCAGCUGAAAGUGAGGUAAUGAUCGCCUGGUGGUCAAUACCGUGACUUGUAGUGACCAUGUGAACAGGAAACUUUCAGGUGAUGGCUUACCUUGGUCACUCAGAACACAUACAAACAUAUAACAGUGCAUCUAUUGGGAGGCUGAUGUAAUUCAACAGUGCAUCUAUUGGAAGACAAUAUGUAAACAGUGCAGCUUUCAUUGUGAUAACUGCUAGAUCAAGCUUAAAAUAGGUCAAAUAUGUCUAUUCUGAGAUCUGGGAUAUAAAUCUGUUCUAAAACCAUGGCAACUCAACACAACAUGACACAGUCGGGAAAUUUCUUCAUUAUGGACUCGGAGCAACUGGUAGUGAACCCGUUUGAAGAUCUUCAGAAAGAGGCUCUGGAUGUCACAAAGAAAGUGUCGGUGACAGAGAAAUUAGUCAGCGUCAAGAACAAUAUUUGUGACAAUCAUUUCAACAUCAAACACGGCCUGCUUCAGCGCGAGGUAAACCAUAAGAUGAAGAAAAUCCACGAUAAUUCGAGUGCCCUUCGCUAUGAGGUCAAAGUGUUCGACAUCAACAAGAGGAAAAUUGAUCUGGAGACGAAACAAAGAAUUCAACCAGAAAAGGAUUUUACUUAUGAUGCUACACAAAUUAACAAUUCUGAAAAGCGUUUGGGCAUUAUGCAAGACGCUUACUAUCUAGACAAACAGCAGAAGUUUCCGUUACGGGGCCGUACACUGAAUGACUUGGAUUCUGCACCGUUAGUGUCUAAAGCCCGAAACAAGCUACGGGAGCAGGAACAGUUACAGCGUGCUGAGGAGAGGUCUCGGAUAGCAGCCUCAACUCCAGGAGCUCUGUCGGUCAAUUCUCAAAGUACACAUGUGCCAAUCUGGAGACGACGAAGUUCAAAGUCGGCUCCUCCCUCUUCCUACCCUGCUGCACCAUCGUCUAUAGCUUCUACGAAAAAAACCAAAUACAAUAAGGGACCUGACCACCUUGAUUCUAAAUUGCCAUCUAUAGAAAGGCCAAAGAAAAGUGCCUCUCAUGUGAAAUUUUCCUUACGAGACGAUUUUGAUAAGAAAAGUUCAGUGGCUGAUCGUUUAACCAGAUCACAAACGUAUGCCUCCACACGCUCCGUGACAACACGUCGAAUGUCAGCCUGGGAGGACAGUGACGACGACAUGGACGACUCAGAUUUUAUGGAAAGAAUAGAUCUGCGAGCUCUUCUGUUUGGUGAUAAAUUUUCUGAAGCUUCAGCUACAUCGCGGCCCCAGACACGAGAGAGUGUGCGGUCGGUGCGCAGUGCGAGGAGGGGUCAGAGCCAGCCAAUGACUCAGGAGAUGAUGAUCGAAGAACAGAAAAAGCUUGACAAAAAACUGGUGCAAUUCUAUAAAUUGUGUGAUAAGAAAAUUGAUGAUGAGAGUGAAGAAGAAGAGGAGGUGAUCAUUGAGGUCAAACCUCCUCCACCAAAAACUAGUAAAUUUCCCGUUGUGGCAAACCAGUCUAUGGCAAACCAGUCCAGAGCCACCACUAUUCUCAAUAUAUUUUCUAAACCUCUUGACAAUUCUAAAAAAUGGAAAACAGAGGAGGAGCUUAAAAAGGAGGAACGGCAGCAAGCUGCAGAUGAGGCUCGGAAUAAUCAAAUGUCGAGGAUGAGUGACAGGUCAGUGAUCCCUGAAAAGGUCAAACCGGUCAAUAAGGAAGGUAAGGAGAAGAAAAAUCUGUGGGAUUUUAUUAAAACUUCCAUGGAUGAAGGCAAAAUCAAACGUGCGGUGACACCAAGCGAGCUCAUUCUUUCACAGAUGACAAAACUAGAUUUAUCAAAUAGACGACAGUCACAUGUGCCCCUUAACUCUGCUAGUCGAGCAAUGCGUCACACACCAACAUUCAAAAUGAGGCGAAUAGUGGAAGGAUUAAUGAAGAAUCGUACAAAAUUUGAACAACAAGAGGUAGAAAACUUAAAAAAGCAGCUUGAAGGUGGAGGAGGUGGGGGUGGUAGUGGAGCUGAGGGCGAAGGACAAAUGGUUGGGGCGACAGCAUGAUAAAUAUUCCAGUAUACAAAGCCAACUGUGACCGUGACAGCUCCAGAAUCUGUGAUAUAUAUAAAAUUUGUUAUAAAUCCAACAUCUUGAUACAGUGAUGUUAUCAUAAAAUCAACUCAAUAAGCCAAAUCUACUUUUGGUUUCUGGGACCGUGUAACAGACAGAGUGACACUGUGAUUACAGCCAUAUCGUAGAUGGAAGUGUUAAAACCAGCGCAAUACUGGAAUUACGGAAAAAACAUUAUUUUCAUCAGUCUGGUGCAGUUUUCAUGAUGGAAUAAAGACGUUUAAAGUGUUUGAUCAAUUGAGUGUACAGUUUGAGGUUAAUAAAUAUAAAAAUAUUCUUAAGGUUUAGUAGAUUUCUUAUGUAAAUGUUGAGGAAAUUUAGACCGACGGACGUUUGGAUCAGCAUUAUCAUUGAAGCUCACAGUACCUAGGUAAGUCUGAGCGACUGAUACUGGUGUUGUUCUGUUCUAUGUCAGAAAAUUUCACAACUUGUAAACCUAAGCAAAUCAGGCUACGAUAAAUCUGGUCAAUCCUAUAAACCUAAGGAUAUCAGAAAGAGGUACAAAAUGACCAGUCAAUGACCAUACAACAUUCUGACAACCAGAAUCCUGGCCUGUAUUCAUUCAUCAGCUAAAGCAUGGAUUCUGUGUUCAAAAUAAAUUUCUUGUAACGUGCUUUAAUCAUGCCACAUAAAUUCAAUGAUAACUCUUGAAACAAUUUUCGGCUUUAGGUCUUCUAAACCUUUGAGAAAAUGUGAACUUUUAAUCAUUUAUCACCAGAACAAGAAAUCAGACUUGAGCAGAGAAUCUGAGUUUGAGCAUGAGAACAGUUUUGUGAAUACAGGCUACGGUAAUGAUAACGGUAUGAUCAUACCUAAA